AUGUGGGCACCAUUCUCUAUUCUCUUUGCGCUCUUUGCCUGUGCGCACGCUUACAGCAACGAAAUCUUCGAAAGGUUGUCAUAUGGCGCUUUCUUAGCCAAUAGUGCCUAUUGUGUGAACACCCUCAUACUCAACGACCUAUUCCAUAAAGGCGACUACUUCCUCAAGAAACAAGGUUUGGAUAUUGUUCACUCUUUUGGUGACACAAAACAUCACAAAGCAUACUCUGGUACUGGAUUUGUAGCUUUAGACAAAACAACAAAGCAGAUAUUAGUUACAUUCAGAGGCUCCGCUACAGUUACUGAUUGGAUCGUUGACUUCGAUUUCGAACUGGUACCAUACCAACCUUUGGCCACAGGCAACCAAUGUCCUCAGUGUUCGGUUCACCACGGCAUAUACGAGCAAUUCAAAAUAUUCCACGACGAGGUGCUCAAGGCAGUUACCGACUUACAUAACCAGCACCCUGAUUUUGAGCUCAUCGUUGCCGGGCAUUCUCUAGGUGGGGGAUAUGCAUUAAUAAUGGGAAUAGAAUUCCAACUGUUGGGUUUUAAGCCUAGCGUGUUGACAUAUGGCGCAUUGAGAAUAGGCAAUAAAGAGAUGAAUCAAUGGAUCAAUUCAAUCUUCAAGGCUGAAGAAGCACUAUCAAGAAUCAAUAAUGGUGAGAAUUACUACAACACAUUUUUACGUGUUGUACAAACCAAAGACCUUGUUCCAUUAUUACCACCAGGUGGGUCAUAUGGCCAUGCAGGUAUUUUAUUCACAAUUAAAGACGCGUCAACGUUUAAUCCACCCAUGAAAAACGUUAGACUUGAUGGAUUGUCACCGCAGCCCUUUGAUGUGCGUUCGGUCGCAGAUAUCCUCAAAGCAAUAGUAAAGGCACCAGGGGAACAUCUUUCCUACCUCAGAAGAAUGGCAGGGUUGUGUGUUCGUGAAAGUGUUAUGAUAAAUUGA